AUGUUGCUUUCCUCGCUAUUUCUUAUUCCCUUGGUAGCAUUUGGCAUGUGUGCGAGUGCACUGCCUACAAUCACCCAGCCACUUGCGAACUACAAAUGGCCAACCCAAUUCGUACGAAGCGGCGAGGCAAACAUCCAAGUCCUCGUUCAAGGCGCAGGACCGGCUGUUGUGAUCCUACCUUCCUACGGGCGAGACGGCGGGGAUGACUACAAUUACUUUACUGAUUCCCUGGUCGAUGCAGGGUACCUUGUGCUGCGUCCGCAGCCACGCGGUACCUUCGAGUCUACAGGCCCAAUGACAAACGUUACUCUGGAAGAUCUCGCAGCAGAUGUUGCAGCCGUAAUUGAUACAGUGGGUGGUGGGCAAGCCAUUGUGAUCGGCCACGCCUUCGGCACGUUUCUCGCCAAAGUCAGCUCGGUUCUAUACCCGGAGAAAAUUCCCGCGAUUGUUGUGGCAGCUCCAGGCGGCAUCAACUUGCCGACAGAUAUCGCGGGAAUGCCUUUUAUCGCCGGAAACACCUCUUUGCCUCUUUCCGACCGACUCCUGGCUCUUGAAACGGCAUUCUUUGCACCGAACCAUGACGCGCAUAGUUGGUUGGAAGGUUGGUAUCCUGACGUUCUUGCUAUGGAACGGGCGGCUGUGGAGGCAUACGGGAGCUUGGCCUCACACUGGGGUGGUGCUGAUACCGCACAGGUUCUAGAGGUGAUUCCUGCAGACGACCCUUUUCAGCCAAAGUCGGAAUGGAAUGUCACAGUAGAUUUAUACCCGACCCGGGCUACCUCGAAAAUCAUCAAUGAUGCCUCUCAUGCACUGUUCCCUGAACAGGGAAAUGCUGUUGUGGAAGCCAUCCUGCCUUGGUUGAAUCUUCAGAGCUCUAAGCUUUGA